AAAAAAGACAGUGAGCUUCUGGAAAAAGUUCAGAGAACGGCAACUAAGCUGAUUCCCGGAAUAGCGAAGCUUCCGUAUGAAGCUCGACUGGCCAAGCUGAACCUUUUCCCGUUGUCAUCUCGCAGAACUACAGGUGACUUGAUCACAGUUUUCAAAUUGCUUAGUGCCAAAUUUGCACUUGAUAUGCCCUCAUUUUUCUUGUCUUCCAAAAUAGAGAAUUUACGAGGACACUCCAAAAAGGUUCACAAGCCAGGAACAAAUUACUUGUCAGCUGACUAUCGACUUUCCCAUCGAAUCAUCAACCAGUGGAACUCUUUACCUCAGCACGUGGUUGAGGCCCCAUCCGUCGAUUCUUUCAAAAGAAAGUUGGAUCAACUGAGGGACCACCAUUGCCAGGACUAACACGGGCCAUCAGGCCUCUUGUCCUUCCCAAACUGAAAUUGAUUUCGGUUUCCCUUUGUCGUUGCUUUGCUUACUCGCACGUCCAAUCGAUAUUGAAUAUGGGAUUUAAACUUUGAGCUUCGAGAAGCGAACUAAAUAAAGCUGGCGAAACACUUAACGGAAACUCAUGGCUUACCCAUCUGACAGUCAGCUUCUGACGAAAAUAGAGAAAAUUCUACAGGAUGCGGAUCUUUCCCAAGUUACGUCGAAAAAAGUUAGGUCGGCAUUAGAGGCUCAUUUCAACAUUGAUUUGUCCGCCGAAAAAUCCAAGCUUGAGACUAUGAUAAUGUCCACAUUGGAGAAAUUACAGUCUUCGAAGUCCCAGAACAGGAAUAACAGUAAACGCAGCAGUAGUCCUGAGGUAGAUGAAUUUACAGAAACUGACGCGAGCUCAGAUAGUGAGCCUGAAAAGCCAGUAAAAAAGAAGAAAAAGAAAACUUCAGAUGACGAAGAUUAUGCCCGGAGUUUGCAUGCUGAAGCUAAUGGUAUGAGGCGAAGAAGCAGUUCCAGCACCAAACCAAGAUCUCAAAAGCAACCCGGCAGCGGGAAAACAGGUUUUACACGUCCCUUAACAUUAUCUGACGAGAUGGCUGAGUACAUUGGUGAGAAAGAACUGUCCCGUUCUGAUUUAGUCAAAAAAUUCUGGGAAAUCGCUAGAGAACAAGAUUUAUUCGACCCAAACAAUAGGCAGUUUGUCGUGUGUAAUGAAGAUUGGCAAAGAUUGUUCAACCUUAAACGUUUUCGUAUGUUCGGAGUUGCAAAGCAUUUAAAACGACAUAUAAUUGGGUAACUUUUUAUAUAACUAAUUUCAUCAUAAGUAUAUUUGCCAUGUACCUCAGACAAUGUAAAUUUAUGCAUAACCUGAUGUUUUUUUCGUCAGGCCUAUUUCAAAUAAAUUCCUGCUGAAAGAUAUAUAUUUCGAAAUUUAUUUCAAUACCUUAUUUACUAUAUUGUGAGGAUCUGUGCAUUUUCCAAAACUUAUUUUAUCCUAUACAUAUUAUUUCACAAUAAAACGGCGUGCACCAUUAACAUCAUUAUUGAUUUUAUCUUAAUUCAUUUGUUCUCAAACGUGAAUUAGGGGUGAGAAAAUCACUAACUUCCUAACAUCACUGUCCUAUAGCAUGAUUGACACGUAGAUGACUACCCAAAUAUGAUCUGGAAAUUUGUCACUUGCAUAGUGAUGUAACUGAAUUCACGAUUAUACGUAAAAAGAAUCAGUGUUUGCUUUAAAAAGAGCGAGGUAUCAUCUUUACAUGUUUCUUAAAUAUGAGAAACCGAUUUUGACUCAGUUAAUUACAAUCUUAUAAAAAUACCUACCUAAAAUCAUAAUUCAUUAAGUUGUUUUUAUCGAGUCGUUAAUGAAAUUGAGAUGUUUUACUCUACCUAAAAUGCUUCACGUUUGCUAUUCAAACACAUAUAUCCUUGAUAAUUCGUCAAAUGUAACUAUUCAAAUGAGUUACCUACAUUUGGGAACUGACUAUCAAAAGCUCACCACAGUAAUAAAAUCUGAUAACUGCACACAUAUUCAUGAAGCUAGGUGGUUUAUGUUUGUCUCGUGAUAAUUGUACUAUCGGUCACCUUCCUAUAAUUUAGUGGGUAUGGUUUAUCACUUCAUUAAUUUUACAACCAAAUAAUCGAGUCAUGGUGCGUAACUACAUCCAGUAACACUUGGAACUUCAGAUGAAAUUGUUAUGUUCCUGUAGUCUGUUCAAUCAUCGUUCAAAGUUUAAAGUCGACAAAACGAAUAAAAAUUAACUUACGGUCUCCUGGACACCGAUGCGUUUGAUGGGCCUAUAAAUCCUGGGCAACGAACUGCGAUCAUAUGGAACGUUCUAGUUAAGCUUUUCAACUACUCAACUAGAGCAUAUAUCUAGAUUAGGCUUCAGUGUACUGUGAAUAGAGAAAUAAUGGAUUUGAAUAUCAGACAAGCCUUACGUUAUGUUUUGUGAUAGACAACUUUUGAGUUAUUUGUGUUACAAUCUUCUUAAGAAUUAGUCUCACAUAUUUGGGUUACCAGCGAUCCAUUAGUCUCAUAUUUUAUGGUUGCAACCUGGUCCUUUGCCCUUUUGUCUGAAAUAAUGUUUUGAAAUUCUUGACUCAUUUAAAUAAUAGUCUGCGUAGAGUAGAUCAAUGAAGAAAGGUGGUUGUAUGCCCUCACUCUGCCUAAGGUGUCUGUAUAUAAGGCCUUUAGGAUGUUAAUAAACUUCUCAGACACAACGUUCUUCAAUAGACAAUCCCAGAGAACAGUCCUAUCCAAAGAAUCGAAGGCAGCCCUGAUGUCAAGAAACACUACGAUUGUUGGCCUUUGAUAAGUAUGGCGGUGUUCUAACAUUUGGCGGAGGGUGAAGAUAUGAUCAAUACAUUC